UGCCUCGAUAAUGUGUGUCCAGUUCUCCGCGCCGUUACAGUAUUAUCGACGAGCGAUAUUAUCUAACGGCAUUUGAGUUUCGAACCAACGCAAUAAAUGGAUAAGACUAGCCGGACCGACGUCUCGCCGACGACGACGACGACGAGCGAAACUCGCGGCGCAGUGCCGUCUCGUUUUCACUGCGACACGACUUCAUCCGUCAGCGACGUGUCUCUCACUCCUGUCGUUCCCGACCGCGUUUUCUCGAGGGAAGUGCGGCGCGGAUCCACCGUGAGAUUCCCGAGUUUCGUCGAGCAUUGAAAUCGUCACGCGAAGAGUCGUCCGCGCGAUUUCGCUCGGUCGUGAGAUAACGCGAAAAUUCGUCGUGCAUAACGCGCGUCUUCUUAUCCGCAACGCAUUGAUCGCGACGUCGCGCGCGCCCUUCAGUGCCGGAAAUACCGUCCGGGAUAAUCGUAGGACUCGUCGUCGUCAUUCGCCGUCGACGACAUGAUCUUCAGGGUGACGUUGUUGGUUGUGUGCGCGCUGCUGGCUGGUGCGAGAUCCGAACCGAGACCGCGGUCGCGACCAGUGCCGAUCUAUUCGAAUCAGUUUGCCGUUUACGUGCCCAGCGGACCGGAGACUGCCGACGAGAUCGCCCAGGAGCACGGGUUCGACAAUCAUGGACAGAUCGGCGCCCUGAAGAAUUAUUACCUCUUCUCUCACAAGCGACUGCACAAGAGAUCCCUCACUGCGAGCGAACCGCAUCACAAAGCGCUCAGGGAUGAGCCACGGGUGCACUGGUUUCAGCAGCAGCAUGAGAAGAAGCGCAAGAAGCGCGACUUCGGUGGCGCGUCCUACGCGUUCACCGAUUACCAGCCCUUCUACCACGGCUUUGGUCCGCGUCCGCGGCAGGCCGCCCUGUUCCACCGCCAAAGAAACAGAGGCGUGCCACUUCAAAACCUGUUCACGGAUCCGCUCUUCAAGGAACAGUGGUACCUG